GUAGCACAGCGGGCAAGGUGGGUGCCAUGGCCCUCAUUGAAGGGGUGGGUGAUGAGGUGACCGUCCUUUUUGCGGUGCUUGCCUGCCUCCUGGUCCUGGCCCUUGCCUGGGUCUCAACACACACCACCGAGAGGGCCGAUCCACUGCCCCAGCCGUCAGGAACCCCAACUGCAUCCCAGCCCAGCAAAGCCAUGGCAGCCACCGACAGCAUCAGAGGGGCGGCCCCUGGAGCUGAGGCCCCCAGUCUGAGACACCGAGGUCAGACUGCACAGCCAGAGCCUGGCACAGGGCUCCCUGCGACACCACCACCACCAGACACCCCACAGGAGCCCCUCAUUCUUCGGUUGAAAUUCCUCAAUGAUUCAGAGCAGGUUGCCAGAGCUUGGCCCCAGGACACCAUUGGCUCACUAAAAAGGACCCAGUUUCCUGGCCGGGAACAGCAAGUUCGGCUCAUCUACCAAGGGCAGCUUCUAGGAGACGAUUCACAAACCCUGGGCAGCCUUCACCUCCCUCCCAACUGUGUUCUCCACUGCCACGUGUCCACACGAGUCGGUCCCUCACAUCCUCCCUGCCCACCUGGGUCGGAGCCAGGCCCGUCUGGGCUGGAAAUAGGCAGCCUACUGCUGCCCUUGCUGCUCCUGAUGCUUCUACUGCUCUGGUACUGCCAGAUACAAUACCGUCCCUUCUUUCCCCUGACCGCCACACUGGGCCUCGCGGGCUUCACCCUCCUCCUCAGUCUCCUGGCCUUUGCUAUGUACCGCCCGUAG